AUGGCUAGCACUGACACCCAAUCAGCCAGUAAGCCCGCUUCUGGGACGCCACUCGGAGCGCCUCAGCUGACAGCGCAGGCGCGGGGCAAAUGGCCGCCAAGCCGGAUCUCGUAUUCCAUCCCAGUUUCGCUACCGGGGCCCGGCGAUAUCAUCUUGCAGGCGGAUGACAAGCAGGCUCUAUGCUUCUACUUCCGCCUGAGACAGCUUGGGGAGCUGUCGGGCUUCUUCGCCACCCUUCCCUCCCCUUUCGACGCCGACCUCCCGCGGGCUUCACCUCUUCCUCUCUCACUAAUCCAAUCGGUCGAGUCGGUCGACCCCUAUGUCAUCAGUCCGUAUGGGGAUAAAGCGGCGGCCAUCAUCGAAGCUGCCCUCCUCGCUAAGGCAUACGAUACCCCCUUGGCUUUCCGGCUCCUAGCUGGAGGGAUAGGCAAAGUAGGGAAGAAGGAGGCGGUGAUGGAGUUUGCCAUCUGGGCCAUCGCCGGGUCAGAUGUCAUGGCAAAGGAUGCCGCGGAGGCAACGCUCGGUCGGGACAUCACCUACGGCGAUCCGACCGUCAUCGGCGCCAUCAAGGAGCACACACCCGGUAGCUGGAUGCAGCUGCAGGAUCUACAUAUCCGCCAUGCCAACGCAGUGAAGCGGUUCUUCAAAUGGACCUACGCGAACCCAGACGAGGAGCAAGACCAGUGCGAGACAUGUUAUUAUUUGAAGGCGGAAGUGAUUCAAAGCGUUGAGCCAUGA